GGUCUGCUGCGUUAGUCUCUCACGCACACACCCUCACACACACACACACCGCUUCACAGCUCUCCUCUUGCAAGGUCAACUUUGAGAGAGAGAGAGACAAAGAGACAGGAAUAGCAGAACUAUACUGGAGGACAAUAGUGUGGAUCCUUUGGCUCUUGCACAGCUCCGUGUGCUUUAGCCUGUGUGUGUGUGUGUGUGUGUGUGUGUGUGUGUGUGUGUGUGGUGUUGUUGCCCUCUGUGUGUUUGUGAGAGAGUACAAGUGCUUGGUGACGUUCCGGCCGUAGGGGUUAUUUGGAGGAUGCCUGAUCGGGAGAGCAUUGGAGCGGGAUGUCGGGAUUCCUCGCGGGCUCUGCCAGAGCUGCUUAGACAGCUGGAAUUACGGCGCGUCUGGGGCUGCCGCUGCCGCUGCUGCUGCUGUAUCCUCCUGCAGGCUGCUGUGUGUCCCAGUGGACUGUGAUUGGGAUUGGGAUUGCUCUCCGUGGCAGGAUGUAAACUGAGAGGGGCUGUGCUGUACUGUGCAAGGCUGCUCACCUGAACCAAGAGCCGUCUCCAUUACUCCACUGUCCUGGCCAGGGACUCACUGGCAUGUUCUGAGAUCUGCUUUCUAAGGAUCAUUUUUUCUCUUCUCUUUUCUUUCUCUGCUCUCCGCUGUCUUUCUCCUUUGUCUUUUACCUACUCAUCUCUCCCUCCCUCUCUCUCUCUCUCUCUCUAUCUUUCUGUUCUGUUCUAUUUCUGUUUUCUGUCUCAAUUUCCUCGUUGAACCUCUUUCUCCUUUGCUCUCUGUCUUCUUUUUUCCCACUACACUGUCCUUCGCUCCCUUCUUCUCCUUCUCUCUCCGUCUUUCUGUUCCUCUCUGCCUGUCUCUCCUGACCCACUGGUCCUCCAGCGUCCUGGCUCCACCAUGUCUUUGGCGUUCUGUGGCAAUGAGAACAACUCUGCCGCCUACAAUGUGGACGGCGGGGUGCUCAACAACGGCUGCUUCCUGGAUGCCCUCACCGUGGUGCCCCAUGUGUUUCUGCUCUUCAUCACCUUCCCCAUCCUCUUCAUCGGCUGGGGCAGCCAGAGCUCUAAGGUGCACAUCCAUCACAGCACUUGGCUGCACUUCCCCGGGCACAACAUGCGCUGGAUCCUUACCUUCAUCCUGCUCUUCGUGCUGGUGUGUGAGAUAGCGGAGGGCAUCGUCUCUGACGGGUUUACUCAGUCGCAUCACCUGCACCUCUACAUGCCCUCGGCCCUGGCUUUCAUGGCUGCCAUCACCUCCGUAGUGUACUACCACAACAUCGAGACCUCCAACUUCCCCAAGCUCCUGCUGGUGUUGUUCGUGUAUUGGGUGUUGGCGUUUGUGACCAAGACCCUGAAGUUUGCCAAGUACACGGAGCACGGCGUGGGCAUGGGGCAGCUGCGCUUCUGCAUCACGGGGCUGCUGGCACUGCUCUACGGGCUGCUGCUUGCCGUGGAAGGCAACGUCAUCCUGGGCAGGCGCUACGUCUGCUUCGAGGACCCCACAGAGGUCAAGCCCCCAGAGGACCUUCAGGACCUGGGCGUCCGAUUCCUGCAGCCAUUCGUCAACCUUGUGUCCAAAAGCACAUACUGGUGGAUGAAUACAUUCAUUACUAAUGCACACCGCCGUCCCAUCGACCUCAAGGUCCUUGGCAAGCUCCCCAUUGCCAUGCGAGCCAUCACCAACUACCUGAAGCUACGCAAGGCCUUCGAGACUCAGAGGAGGCUUCAGGGCAUCCAGCCCCAGGGGCCCAAGUGGAUCUGGCGGGCCUUGCGAAAGGCCUUCGGGAGGCCCCUGAUCCUCAGCAUCAUCUUCCGCUUCAUGGCUGACCUACUGGGCUUCGCCGGGCCACUCUGCAUCUCAGGGAUCGUCCACCACAUCAGCAAAGAGAACCGCACCAUACAGUCACCGGUGCAGCUGCUGGGGGUGUACUUCAUAUCGUCGCGGGAGUUCCUGGCCAACGCGUACGUCCUUGCCGUGUUACUCUUCUCCGCCCUGCUGCUUCAGAGGACCUUCCUCCAAGCCUCCUACUAUGUUGCCAUAGAGACCGGCAUCAACCUGAGAGGCGCCAUACAGACGAAGCUCUACAAUAAGAUCAUGCGUCUGUGCACGUCUAACAUGUCAAUGGGUGAGAUGACCGUGGCCCAGAUAUGCAACCUGGUUGCCAUCGACACCAACCAGCUGAUGUGGUUCUUCUUCCUGUGUCCGAACCUCUGGGCCAUGCCAGUUCAGAUUGUUGUGGGAGUGAUACUCCUGUACUACCUCUUAGGGAUAAGUGCCUUGAUUGGAGCCGCCGUUAUUGCAAUCCUGGCCCCAGUGCAGUACUUUGUGGCGACCAAACUGUCUCAAGCACAAAAAAGUACUUUGGAGUACUCGAGCGAGCGUCUGAAGAAGACCAACGAGCUGCUGAGGGGAAUUAAGCUGCUGAAGCUCUAUGCCUGGGAGCACAUCUUCUGCCGCAGUGUGGAGGAGACGCGCCAGAAGGAGCUCACCAGCCUCCAGACCUUUGCCCUCUACAACUCUGUCUCUAUUUUCAUGAAUGCGGCCAUCCCAAUUGCAGCAGUUCUCACUACGUUUGUGGUCCAUGUUCACAUCUCGGAGGAUGCGAGUCUGUCCCCAGCAGUAGCGUUUGCAUCCCUGUCCCUCUUCCACAUCCUGGUCACGCCACUCUUCCUUCUGUCCAGCGUGGUGCGCUCCACUGUCAAAGCCCUAGCCAGUGUGCAGAAGCUGAGUGAGUUCUUCUCCUGUGAAGAGAUUGGUGAAGAGCCGGAACCCAGGACCACACUUCCCCCUGCCUCCUCCAACCACAGCAAGUACCAGGCCCUGCCUCUUAAGGUGGUGAACCGCAAGCGCCCAGGCCGGGAGGACUGGAACAACUUUGGGCUCCAGAGAGACCUUGAGGAGGAGGCGCUCAUGCUGGAGGAUGAGGACACAUGCAUCAAGAUUAGCAAUGGAUUCUUCACCUGGGUUGAUGGACCCCACACAUUGUCAAAUAUUAGCAUAAGGAUUCCAUUUGGUCAGCUGACCAUGAUUGUGGGGCAGGUGGGAUGUGGCAAGUCCUCUCUGCUGCUGGCCGCCCUAGGAGAGAUGCAGAAGAUCUCUGGCAGUGUAGCCUGGAUCAGUCUUCCAAACCUGGACUCAGAAGGUGAUGAGAGCCCCACAGUUAAAGACACAGCCGGAGAUGGCGAUAUCAGGAAGAGGGGCUCUGUGGCCUACGCUUCCCAGAAGCCCUGGCUCCUGAAUGCCACCCUGGUGGAGAACAUCACCUUUGAGAUGCCCUUGAUCAAAGAGAGAUAUAAGACGGUCAUAGACGCCUGCUCCCUGCAACCGGAUAUCGACAUCCUGCCACAGGGAGAUCAGACUGAGAUCGGCGAGAGGGGAAUCAUCUUGUCAGGAGGUCAGCGGCAACGCAUUAGCGUGGCAAGAGCCCUGUACCAGUCUACUAAUGUGGUCUUUCUGGAUGACCCCUUCUCUGCCCUGGAUAUCCACCUGAGCGACCACCUUAUGCAGGACGGCAUCCUGAAGCUGCUGAGGGAGGAGAAGAGGACGGUAGUGCUGGUCACACACAGGCUGCAGUACCUUCCCCACGCCGACUGGAUCAUUGCCAUGAAGGACGGGAGCAUCCAGACAGAGGGCACGCUGAAGGACAUCCAGACUGCCGAGCCAGAGCUCUUUGGGCAGUGGAAGACCCUCAUGAACCGACAGGACCAGGAAUUUGAGAAGGAGACAGUGGAGGACAACAUGACGGCACUAGAGAGGAAGAACCUACGCAGGACCAUGUACUCACGUGAGGCUCCGAAGACCGUGGACGAGGAUGAAGAGGAGUCUACGGAGAGCGACGAGGAGGAGAUCCUGUCGCAGGUGAUGCGGCACCGCACCACCAUCCCGUGGAAGUCGUUCGGGAGGUACCUGAGCUCGGCGGGCCUGCUGCUGCUGUCGCUGCUGCUGCUGUCGCAGCUCUUCAAGCACUCGCUCAUGGUGGCCAUCGACUACUGGCUCGCCCACUGGACCUCACACGUCAUCAGUGCCAAGAUCCAAGCGGCCGCACACAACUGCACCUCAGCACAGGAGUGUGGUUUCAGCCACUCAUCAUACCUAAUGGUGUUCAGUGUGUUGUGCUGCCUGGGCAUUGUCCUGUGCCUGAUCACCUCAGUGGCGGUGGAGUGGACAGGGCUGCGUGUGGCCAAGGAGCUCCACCACAACCUGCUCAACACCAUCAUUCUGGCCCCUAUGAGGCUGUUUGAGACAACUCCACUGGGAAGCCUCCUGAACAGGUUUUCGACUGACACAAACACCAUCGAUCAGCACAUCCCUGCCACUCUCGAGUGUUUGAGUCGCUCCACACUGCUGUGUUUCUCUGCGUUGGGCGUCAUCUCCUUCGUGACUCCCGUCUUUCUGUUCGCACUGGCACCACUGGCCCUAGCCUGCUACUUCUUCCAGAAAUACUUCAGAGUGGCCUCCAGGGACCUGCAGCAGCUGGAGGAUUCCACCCAGCUUCCUCUUCUGGCCCACUUCUCGGAGACGGUGGAGGGACUGACCACCAUUCGAGCGUUCAGAUACGAGGCCAGAUUCAGGCAGAAGCUUCUGGAGCUCACAGAUGCCAACAAUAUUGCUUCUCUCUUCCUCACCGCAGCCAAUCGCUGGCUUGAAGUUCGGAUGGAGUACAUUGGGGCUUGUAUUGUGCUUAUUGCUGCCGUGGCCUCCAUCACUAACGCUAUAGACAACCAUCUGUCCACUGGACUGGUAGGACUGGGCCUCACAUAUGCACUAUUGGUGUCCAAUUACCUGAACUGGAUGGUGCGUAACCUAGCGGACAUCGAGGUCCAGAUGGGCUCGGUCCGGCGGAUCAGUGGCCUGCUCAAGACCGAGCCGGAGAGCUACGGGGGCCUCAUGUCGGCGUCUCAAGUGCCAGACGGAUGGCCACAUCAGGGGGAGAUUCAGAUCCAGAACCUGAGUGUGCGUUACGACAGCACUCUCAAGCCCGUCCUCAAGAACGUCAACGCCCAUAUCUGCCCCGGGCAAAAGGUUGGGAUCUGUGGCCGAACUGGGAGCGGCAAGUCUUCCUUUUCACUGGCCUUCUUUCGCAUGGUGGACACAUUUGAGGGACGAAUCUUCAUAGAUGGGAUUGACAUCGCACAGCUGCCUCUGCAAACGCUGAGGUCACGCUUCUCCAUAAUACUGCAGGAUCCCUUCCUGUUCAGCGGGACCAUACGGUUUAACCUGGACCCAGAGAAUAAGGCAUCCGACAGCAUGCUGUGGGAAGCCCUGGAGAUCGCCCAGCUCAAGUCUGUUGUGAAAACCUUGCCUGGAGGACUAGAUGCGAUGGUGACGGAGGGUGGGGAGAACUUCAGUCAGGGCCAGAGGCAGCUCUUCUGCCUGGCCCGAGCAUUUGUACGGAAGAGUAGCAUCCUCAUCAUGGACGAGGCCACUGCCUCCAUAGACAUGGCUACGGAGAGCAUUCUGCAGAAAGUGGUGAUGACGGCUUUCUCUGAUAGGACAGUGGUAACCAUAGCGCAUCGUGUCCACACCAUCUUGAACGCUGACCUGGUCAUUGUCAUGAAGCGAGGGAUCAUCCUGGAGUAUGACAAGCCAGAGGUCCUGCUGGAGCGGGAGGACAGUGUUUUUGCCUCGUUUGUCAAGGCAGACAAAUAACUAAAAGGACAAAAAAGACUGAAUCAAGGACCCUCAAAGUGCAAUU